UGUUGUUAACUCGGUCAUAACCGCGUAAACGGUUUCUUCGCCAUUAAAGAAAAAGAAGAACAGACGCAUAAAAUUUUCUAGCAUUUAUUUCAGAGCUAUUAAGAUAAAAAAAUUUUAUUUGAAAUUUGUAAUUGCACAGUAUGGAAAAAAAUGUAGCUGGCGAUUUUAUUAGACGCAGUCCUUAAGUGAAGUUGCUAAAUAGAAGCCAGCAACUAAAAAUCAAAGAUUUCGGAACUGGUUUGGUGGGGUCCCGUUAUAAGGAAAUGAGUUAAGGCAGUUAUUAUGACUAAAGUAGGAACGAAUCAUUAGUAGAAGAGCCCAUUGUGGAGUCUUUGUUUUCUACCGUUAUUUUCUCUCUCUUUUCUUUUAAUCUAUUGACCUGACCGCAAAUGCAUGUACUUUAGCGCUGAAUUAGAAUGGAAUUGAUUUAAACCUCAUAUCCCUAAUACAAGUAUUAUGAAUUCCAAUCAUCUGAUUGGCCUCUAUUACGGUUUAAACAAACUUCAACUUUUUGUAGUAUUACCUCAGUAGAGACAAUAAUAAACGUUCGGUUUGUUUACACAUUUAUACUCAACUCCAAAAAAUCUCUAGAGUGUUGUGUAACACCUUUUUCGCUACUUUUAUGGUCAUUAGGGUGUCGUGUUAGUAUUUAAGCUACAUAUAAAUUUUCAAGUUUAAUGAAGAACACUUAAAUAGAUAUUACAUAAUGGACAUUUUUACAUCACGAAACUGAUUAUUUUGAAUUACUUUGCAAUUUUAUUGGGAAGUUACUUGUUAUCUAAGUCGUUUUUUUUUAAACAAGUGUUAAACACCCUUCAAAAAUUUCUUAACUUUUUCAUGCAAAAAGAUACAGUCCUGGGCUUUCGUUGGACAUACAUAUCUGUGGUCCUAAGCCAUAACAACACAACUCCACUUUUGGCCAAAAUGAGUUAUUAUCAUGGUUGGAAUCUCCAUACUUGAUUUCACAUUGUGUCAAAAUCUUAUAAAGAUCACUCCAAUAGUUAGCGAGAUAUUAACGAAAGAAAAACUGAUCAAAUCAAAGUGAUUGCAAAUUGAUUGCACUUGUGCUUUUGUUCUCAGUUCACAUUCAACAAGCGGAGCGGCUGGUUGUUCAUUUUUUGCGUGCGGAAAAAUAGCAUAUCUAACUUGUGCUUUUAUUCCGAAGUAAGUUUGUUGUUCGGAAACUUACAUAAGUAUACUUGUGUUGUUUUAUCCAAAGUAUUUUUUUUCUAAUGCCUACCAUAACUUAAGUUGUGCUUUUGUUUCGUGCUGUGUUUCUUAUCAUUAGUUAACAAAACAAAAGAUAUGGUAUUUUUCCAAAACGAAUUAUUUGCAACCAACAAUUUAACUUGACUUGCUUUUUUAUUCCAAGUGCUAGCUUAAAGAAAUUGCUGAAUUGUGCUUUUUUGCAGUACAUAUUUACAUAGUGAAAAUUCAAAACACAAUGGAUGACCAAGCUUCAGAAACGCGUGAUUUACAUCAAUCCCUUCGAGAAAGCCAAUUUUCAUACGAGCCAUUUUCCAGCCAUAGGCGAUAACUUAUUCUUAAAUAUGUUUCACGAUCCCGUUGUACCGAAUGAGACAUCAUGUAGUGUAGAUUGCGGAUUUGCCACUUUUCCACGCAAUUUUACAAAAUUGUUCUCAACUCAGAUCGUUAACUCAUCUCCGCAACUAUUCGAAAUGGACUUUAGCAGCGAUGAUUCUAUCAGAGAUCCCGACUAUAUUGUUUCAAGUGCGACCUCGGAAUCAGAAAAGGAGAAUCAACCUGUUUAUAUUUCGGAGUCAAUAUUAGAGAGUCCAUAUGCCGAUACUGAUGAAAAUGUCCAAAACUUUACUCAACCUCCCAAAAAUAUAAAAAAAGACAGACAAUUAAAUAGAAAUUCGGGAAGAUCGUACACCACGAAAAAAGGAAAAGUGGUUGCUGGUCGCAAGUGCCUACCUCUCGAAAGUUGCCGAAAGAAAUGCGAAAGUACCUUUUGAAAAACAAAAGCACAUUUUUGAGGAAUAUUGGAGAAUGGGCGACUACAAAUCAAGGCUACUUUUCAUUUGUGGACUCGUCGAAAUUGGCGAAAAGCUGUCUGAAAAAAAUCAACUAGAACGAAAAUUCGACGAAUAACAAACUAUUAUUCUGUAAAUAUUGAUAGCGACAAAGUUGACGUCUGUAAAGGUUGUUUUUUGAAGUGCUUUGGAGAAACAAACAGUUUUUUGAGGAAUGUGAUUGAAAAGAAACUUAAUUAUCCAAAAUCACCAUUGGCCGAUAAGAGAGGUAAGUUCACUCCAAUAAACAAGCUAGACGAAUCACAGGUCGAAACUAUUACGCAACGUAUUAAUAGCUUUCCUGCCUAUGAAAGUCACUAUUGUCGGCGUGA